AGUAGCUCUACUCUCAUAGUGAUCCCCGCAUCCAGCUACUUGUAAUGUCGGCCUAUGGCACCAUUCCCCGUCCUGCUGGUGUCAUCCCGCAACUCAAUCCUCUCACAUUCGCAGUCACCCGAAAGGGGAGCCAAUCGCCCAUGGGGUUUGUGACUGUCGUACCAGUGAAGCGGUCCACAGUUCCCGACGCCUUGUUUGAGCAUCUGCACAUGUUAUUUAACGGGGUGGUAGAGGAGGGGAGGACAUAUCCGCAGGAGUUUGAGCUGACGGAGCAGUCAUUCGAGGACUACUACUUCUCGUACGACUGCUUCAUCGGUGUCCUGGACAAGGGUUUUGCACCCACAAGAACAGAUGGUAGUUAUUGGGACCCCAAGGCGGAAGCUUGGAUUCGAACAGAUGCGGAGACGAUAGAUGAUAUCGUAGGCAAGGACGUGAAGGACUAUAAGGAGCUUGUGGUGGGGAUGUACUACGUGAAGCCGAAUUACCCGGGGCGGUCUAGCCAUUGCUGCAAUGGUGGGUUUAUCGUCGAUCCGUAUCAUCGGGGUGCGGGAUAUGGGUACCUUCUCGGGAUGUCGUACCUCUACUUUGCCCCGCGCCUUGGCUAUCUGGCCUCUGUUUUCAACCUCGUCUAUUCCAACAAUGUCGCUUCGCUCAAAAUCUGGGACAAGCUCGGGUUCACUCGCGCGGGCUUAAUUCCCAAGGCAGGCAGGCUUCGGAAGAAUGGCGACGAUGGCGAGGAGUUUGUCGACGCGGUCGUCUUCUGGAAGAGCUUGGUGGAGGAUGAUGUGUGGACGAAGAGGUUAGCAAGAACGGAAGGGGCACAGGCAUAGUGGCGUGGUAUGAACGUGAAGGAAAUGGAACAACUAGACUUUCC